ACUCAACACUUUAGUCAUCAAACAAGCAAUACACUGAAUGCUAAUACCAACAACUCCACACAGCUACAACUUGCCAAUAAUAUUUCACUCUCUAGUGGUUUCAGCCUAAUUUCCAGUGAAUUCAUCAAUUGGUGUUACUGAAAUCUUGUUACUUGAGACUUGAGAGGAGUCAAUGUUGCUUCAUCUCUUCUUUUCGUUGUCCGUCUUUUUGACAUUGAUAGACAAUGGGAAUGCUGGUAUAACGAGUUCAUUUAUUCGUAAUGAAUGGCCAUCUGUGGAUAUUCCUCUUGACAAUGAGGUUUUUGCAGUUCCUAAGGGUUAUAACGCUCCACAGCAAGUGCAUAUAACACAGGGCGACUAUGAAGGGAAGUCAGUCCUAGUUUCGUGGAUUACGCCUGAUAAACCGGGGCCUAGUCAAGUACGUUACGGAUUAUCUGAGGAAAAAUAUGCGUUUACAGCUGAGGGAUCAGUAACAAACUACACAUUUUACAACUACACGUCUGGCUAUAUACAUCAGUGCUUUCUUGAUGGCCUUGAGUAUGACACGAAGUAUUACUAUGAAAUUGGAGAUGGUGACUCUGCUCGAAAGUUUUGGUUUGAAACUCCUCCAAAGGUUGAUCCAGAUGCUUCUUACAAAUUUGGCAUCAUAGGUGAUCUAGGACAAACAUAUAACUCUCUUUCAACGCUUCAGCAUUACAUGGAUAGUGGAGCGAAGAGCGUACUAUUUGUAGGAGAUCUCUCUUACGCGGACAGAUAUAAGUAUCAUGAUGUCGGUGUCCGUUGGGAUACAUGGGGCCGCUUUGUUGAACAAAGUGCAGCAUAUCAACCUUGGAUUUGGUCAGCCGGAAAUCAUGAGAUAGAAUAUAUGCCGUAUAUGGGGGAAGUAACUCCAUUCAAGUCAUAUCUGUACAGAUAUCCUACACCUUAUCAAGCUUCAAAAAGCAGUAGCCCACUUUGGUAUUCCAUCAGGAGGGCAUCUGCUCACAUAAUUGUGCUAUCAACCUAUUCUCCUUUCGUAAAAUAUACACCACAAUGGAAGUGGCUGAGAGAGGAAUUAAAGAAUGUGGACAGAGAGAAGACUCCUUGGCUUAUAGUUCUUAUGCAUGUUCCUAUCUACAACACUAAUGUAGCCCAUUUUAUGGAGGGUGAAAGUAUGAGAUCCGUAUUCGAAGGAUGGUUCGUUGAACACAAAGUUGAUGUAAUCUUUGCCGGCCAUGUCCAUGCCUACGAACGAUCAUAUCGCGUGUCAAAUAUACACUAUAAUGUCUCGAGUGGUGAUCCUUAUCCCGUACCAGAUAAAGCAGCUCCCGUGUACAUAACAGUUGGUGAUGGAGGAAAUCAAGAAGGUCUUGCUUCAAGAUUUAGAGAUCCUCAACCAGAUUAUUCUGCAUUCCGCGAAGCCAGUUAUGGUCAUUCGACGCUAGAGAUUAAGAACAGAACACAUGCAUUAUACCAUUGGAACAGAAAUGACGACGGAAAGAAAGUUAAAAUUGACUCGUUCGUGUUACAUAACCAGUACUGGGGAAGCAAUCAUCACAGGAGAAAGUUGAACAAAAAUCAUCUCCAUUCAGUCAUUUUAAACAGGGCUUCAACUGCACAAUUAUGAAACAAAUUUCUGGAGCAUACUGAAUAUGGAUCAUUACAAUAACAACAACAACAACAAGCUCAGUGAUUUCUCACAAACGGGGUCUGAAUAUGGAUCGUUCAAAAUAAAAAAUUUGAGUUUGUGCUGUUCAUUGCAUCAUUUCAGUUUGAAAAAGCUAUAUUCUGAUAUUAUGCUGUUGUUGCUUAAUUCACAACGCAUUCACUUCAUUAAUUCAUUCAUUUGUUAUUUCGUACUUAGAAUGUUAGCCUGAGAUGAAUUUAAGUUGAGAAACAUGGUCA